AUGACUGAUAUCUCUAAAGACGAGGUUCGUAGGGAAGUCACCGCGAUUUUAAAAGAUGAAGAUCUCAUUACAAUGUUAACAGAGAAAGUAAGACAACGGAUAGAAAAAAAAUUAGAUGUCGAUCUCACAGCAAGGAGAGAGGAAGUAGAUGAUUUAGUCAUACAGUGUUUACAAAAAAAUCAAGACGGCGAAAAGGAGAGGAACAAGGCCGCCAGUGAAGGAUCAGAUGACAGAGAGGAUGAAGAGGAAGAAGACUCAGAGGAAGAAGAAAGGGAAGAGGAAAAGAAGCCCGAAAGGAGAAGUCCAACUAAGAAAACAUCCAGUAAGCGUAAGGAGGAUUCUUCUGCUAGUAAGGAAAGUGUUAGUGAUAGUGAGAUUAACGAAGAUUGGGAUGAAAACAGAAAAGCUCCUGGAAGCGGUGAUAAGAAAGGUGGCGAUAAGGACAAGGGUGGAGGAUAUACUAGUGCUAUUACUUUGUCCCCUGAAGUAGUAAUAAGAGAUAAAAAUAGGCAAAACAUUGCGAAAUGGCCUUUACCUAGUUCAAAGUGGGUGAAAGCGCUUAAUAAUAAAAUAUUUGUAGUCUUAGUGGAUACUACCACAAAAUUUCGACUGAUGCCAAGCCGAAGCAUUCUAAGUGUUCCAUCGACUGGUGAAAAACCUCAAAUCUAA